UGCCCUACUUUGGAUAUUCCUGCAGUGAAUGUCUGAGGAGCUCCAACCGAUCCUGAGCCAUGUCGCAGAUGUUGCACAUAGAGAUUCCCAACUUCGGGAACACCGUUCUGGGCUGCCUGAACGAGCAGCGGCUGCUGGGGCUGUACUGCGAUGUCUCCAUCGUGGUGAAGGGCCAAGCCUUCAAGGCGCACCGGGCGGUCCUGGCCGCCAGCAGCCUCUACUUCCGAGACUUGUUCAGUGGGAACAGCAAAAACGCCUUCGAGCUGCCGGGUACCGUCCCCCCCGCUUGCUUCCAGCAGAUCCUCUCCUUCUGCUACACCGGGAAGCUGACCAUGGCGGCGAGCGAGCAGCUGGUGGUGAUGUACACGGCGGGCUUCCUGCAGAUCCAGCACAUCGUGGAGAAAGGGACGGACUUGAUGUUCAAGGUUAGCUCUCCCCACUGUGACUCUCAGACCACCAUGAUCGAAGACCCCAGCUCGGAGCCGCAGAGCCCCUGCAACCAGCUGCAGUCGGCCUCGGCGUCCUACGUCAUGUCCCCCUCCAUGUCCUUCCCGCUCCUCACGCGUGUCAAACACGAGAACCUCGAGCUGCAGGCAGCUGCCCUGCCCGGCCUGCCCCUGGCCACCCUCAUCCCCAACGUCCAGCAGGUCCAGUACUCGCAGGGGGAGCGGACGAGCCCCGGCGCCAGCAGCAUUCCCACCACCGACAGCCCCACCUCCUACCACAACGAGGAGGACGAGGAGGACGACGAGGCGUACGACACCAUGGUGGAGGAGCAGUACGGGCAGAUGUACAUCAAGUCCUCAGGAGGCUACUCGGUUGCUCAAGAGAAGCCGGAGCAGAUCCCACUGGAGAACCGCUCCUGUGUCCUCAUACGACGGGAUCUAGUUGCUCUCCCAGCCAGUCUUAUCAGUCAAAUCGGAUACCGCUGCCACCCAAAACUCUACUCGGAGGGAGAUCCUGGAGAAAAACUUGAGCUCGUUGCAGGCUCUGGUGUUUACAUCACCCGGGGGCAGCUGAUGAAUUGCCACUUGUGUGCCGGUGUCAAACACAAGGUCCUGCUGAGACGUCUGCUGGCCACCUUCUUUGAUCGGAACACGCUUGCCAACAGCUGCGGAACUGGAAUCCGGUCCUCCACCAGCGAUCCCAGCAGGAAGCCCCUGGACAGCAGGGUCCUUAACGCAGUCAAACUGUAUUGUCAGAAUUUUGCCCCGAGCUUUAAGGAAAGCGAGAUGAAUGUGAUCGCAGCCGAUAUGUGCACCAACGCCCGCCGGGUCCGCAAGCGCUGGCUGCCGAAGAUUAAGUCCAUGCUGCCGGAAGGGAUGGAGAUGUACCGCACGGUCAUGGGCUCCACCACAAACAGUGUCCCCCUGGAUCCGGAAUUCCAGCCCAACACUGCUCAGGUCUUUGAGCAGCGAAUCUAUGCAGAAAGGAGGAGCGAUUCGGGAACUAUAGUAGCCUUGAGAACUAACACGGUGAACGUAGAGCUAAGCAAUGGAUCCAACCAGUCCUUCGAACAGAGCGAGGACGCCGAAGGGGCUGGCUGGGGGAUACAGGAGGCAGCUGCCACGGAUGCUAUGGCAUCGGAUACCCAAAGCACUCCGCAACCUUUUGAACAAGGUUCGGGCUCCUCCAGCCGGCCCGAAACUCCCGUGAGAAGACAAGAUGGUACUUACGGAGGGACUUUAUAAAGAGGGCAAACGUUUCGUGACCUAUAAGGGAUCUGUAAUACUAAAGCUGCUUGCAUGCAUUACUAAUACGAAACAAAAAAAUGUGAUCAAGCCACUUACCUACUGAACUGCUACUGUUGCCUGAAAAAAAUGUGAUUUUUAUUCUGCUUGUAUUUAAAAUUUAUGAAGGAAAUAAUUGCAUUCUUUAUACUGUAAAUGACAAGGUCUGUGGCGACCUACUUAAAAAA